ACGGGGCAUUAAAGUCUCCGACGUCAUACAGUCCGCGUGUGCACGCUCUUCUUCGUAUACGUAUACGCGCGUAAAUGUACCGCGAUCGCAUAUCGUACCUAAGUAUGCGAUAAUAAUAGUAAAAAAUAAUAAUAAUAUAAAAUCAAUUGUAUGCGACGAGAUUAUUAACGUUACGAUAGUGCGUUACGCCGGGCCGGUUUAAAAAUAGCUCAGGAUCAUCGUUACGCCUAGACCAUUAUUACAACGCGUAUAAAAUAAAUUUACUAAUAUUCAUCAGAUAUUAACGGAUCAGCUGCAGCUGCAGUCGUAAAUUGUAAUAAUAAUAUGCAUGCGCCGUGAUUCCCGUCAAUAUAUACGCGUUAUCGUGCAAAUAAUAUUUUGAUUCGCCGAGUUUCGUGUCGUUAGAUCGAUGCCCGUCGUCGGUCGGUAACUGCGUCGCGGUGGCGCGCGAAUUCCGUCGGCCUUCGGCGGGUGCGGGAAGCAUGCUUAAGUGAUAAUAACGCCACAAAAACAGCGGAUCGUGGCUAUCGGUAUACGGGACGGCCCCGGGGGCAUGCCGCCGGUUUCAUAGGGCUCCGCUGGCCCAUUAUGCGCACAGUCCAGACGGGUAUCAUCAUCAAGGCGUUGUUUUGGAACAUUUUGUUGGCCGUCAACUUCAGGAUAUUGGCAAGCGCGUUUGGUGCCCAAGUGAUUUGCAACAAGAUAGUCGGACUGACGGCAGGUCAACGGAGGAUUUGCGCCGCUGCACCUGACGCUAUGGCCGCCGUCGGUCACGGCAUACGGAUGGCCAAACAAGAAUGCCAACAACAGUUUAGUACACAUCGGUGGAACUGUACGGGACUAUCAAAAGGCAACCCGUUCGGACACUUACAAAUCACUGCAAGCCGAGAAGCCGCCUAUAUGUACGCUGUGAUCAGUGCCGGCGUGACGUACGCGCUGAUGGAUGCGUGCAGCCGGGGCAACAUAUCCAUUUGUGGAUGCGACGCACACUAUCCGAGUGCCUUGGAUGACGGGCCAGCAGCUACCGCGUGGAAAUGGGGCGGAUGCAGUGUGGACUUGGGCUUCGGCAUGGGGUUUGCCCGCAAGUUCCUUGACGCCCAGGAAUCGGACCCUAACGAUUCUCGAAGUUUGAUGAACUUGCACAACAACAAGGCUGGCAGAAAGAUUGUCAAAAUGCUGUUGAACACCGACUGCAAGUGUCAUGGAGUGUCCGGGAGUUGUACAAUGAAGACGUGCUGGCACAGUUUGCCACAUUUUCGGGAAGUCGGCAAAGCUCUCAUGCGAAAGUACCGGAAGGCACGUAGUGUACAGGCCGCGGGAGCUGUAACCGCUGUCAUAGGUGGUAAUCCGCAAAGAGCUUCCGGCAAACGGUCGUCAAGACGACUGAGGCUCAGGCUCAGGUCAGCCAGGUCAGCAGCGACUGGAUCGGCUGACGAGGAGGAGCCGAAGAUCACCGAGCUCGUUUACCUGGAACAGUCACCCAACUACUGCGACCGGGACUUUGGCACCGGAUCACUGGGCACGUACGGCCGUUCCUGUAACCGGACUUCUGAGGGCACGGACGGCUGUGACCUGAUGUGUUGCGGACGCGGGUACAACACGCACCAGUUCACCAGGACCAAACAGUGCCGAUGCACGUUCUAUUGGUGUUGUUACGUCAAGUGCGACACGUGCGUGGAACGGACCGAAGAAUACAGUUGUAAAUGACGUGCUCGUAUUAUGUAAAUUAUAUAAUAUAAUGUAUAAUUGUUACGUUGUUUUAUAAACUUAUCGUAUAUUUUUGUAUUGUCCACGUGUGCCCAUACUAUUUAUACGAUAUUUUAAUUUAUAUUACCACACACAAUAUUAUUGUAAUAAUUUAUAGGUAUAUAGUUU